ACGGACGGAAGUGACGGCAGCGGUUGUCAAGGGCCGUUUGAGUUUACGGAAGUGUUUAUCAGGCGGCUGCAGUCUGAAACUUAAAAUGCUAACUGCAAACCACAGCUGUUGUCAUUAAAGCGCUUUGUAGUCGAGAAGACUGGCUGCAAUAUUUUUAUACUAACAUUGCUUUCAAAAGCUGUCUACUGCCGCUACUAGGAAUUUAGCGUCUGUCUUUUUUUCGGACAAAACUGACCUCCCUGCUAUGCUACCCCAGUUAGCUUCAUAACCAACAACAUGGCAGAAGUUCCUCCCCCCGGAUCAGUUGUAGUAGCUGACUGGCAUCGAUGUAAAGACAGCAAAGAAUAUUUCAGCAAGAUCCUACACAAGAAAAGACGAAAAAACUUUGGUCUUUUGGAGUCUCCAGUGAUGCCCCCAAAUGUAGCUGUGGACACAGUUCAUUAUAAGAUCUUCAUCUCUGGCAAGAGUGGAGUUGGGAAAACUGCUCUUGCUGCACGUCUCGCAGGCCUGAAUACUCCUAAUGCGCACUUUGAAACAACAGGUAUUGAGACGACAGUGGUGUAUUGGCCAGUGAAACUGAGAGACAGUGGCAGAGUGCUUUUCUUCCGUCUUCAGCUGUGGGACUGUGGAGAGAACGCCUUGCGUAGAUUUGACCAUUUGCUUCCAUCAUGUAAGGAGCAGGUGGACGCCAUCCUUUUCCUGUUCUCCUUCACUGACAGGCCGUCCUUUGACGAUCUGUCAAAUCAAAUUGCCAAGUGGACUGGGCCACCUGUGGGUCGAGUUGUGAAACUGGUGGUUGGUACCAAAUUUGAUCUCUUCAUGCACUGUGAUGUGGCAGAGAGAGACGUGAGGGACUUCCAGGACACAUGGAGUUUACCGCUGCUGCGUAUGGGUGGGGAGGUCAUUGAUGGGUUGGGUGAUGUAGCACCCCUCCUCAACUGCCUGGCAGAGCAGCUGUGGCAUCAGGACUGUGUUACAGCUGGAUCAGCCAGCCACCAUUCACAGCAGGAGACAGUGACCCUACUUUAAUAGUGAACAUGAUUUAAAAAAAAAAAAA